UUCUACAUACCCAGCUGAUGGUGCAAAGCUCGUGUUUGUGACAAGUUUUAGCUAAAGUUUUAGUUAAAAUGUUCCUGUACUUUGGAUUUGCCAUGGUUGCAGUUGUGGUCUUUUAUGUUUAUCGUGUAAUAACGACAUCAUCUGGGUCGGAUUUCCAUGAUAACUCCAUAGACGCGUUCAUUGUUGAAGACACCGGAUUGGAUAAGAACAUCAGUAAAUCAAGAACAAACCGCUACCAGCAAGACUACCUGACUGAAGGCAGGCAGGUUCUCAUCCUAUAUGGCACAGAGUAUGGCUGCAGUGAAGAAAUCGCCAAACUUCUCUAUGACAGGUUAAAGAGAUUGAAUUCUGACAAUGAAGACAUUCCUUUACAACCCAGGGUGAUCAAUGUUCGGGACUAUGCCUUGAUUGAUUUCCAACGUGAACAUGUCACAUUUGUUGUCAUCUCAACAAGUGGUGAUGGGGUUCCCCCUUCUGAUGCAGUUGACUUCUGCAGCUACGUGAAAGACACAGAUAUUCCCGGGAUGAGCAGAUGCAAGUUCUCUGUGCUGGCCCUUGGGGAUUCAAAUUACCCACAAUUCUGCAAAGUGGGCAGAUUCAUACAUGAAAGAUUUAUAGAGAUGGGAGGGGAGUGUGUGGUUCCUCAAACAGAUGUGGACAUGGAAGACUGGACAGUUAUUAACAAAUGGCUGGACAGCGUUGUCCACUGCUUGACCACUAUGUACAUCCCAUCACAACUGGACUACAUACAGCAUGGCAGUAUCACAGUAGAGGACCACUACUCACGGAAAACUCCAUUCCUAGCAACGUUGAAGGUGAAGUUACCUCUGACCAAGAUGUCAACAGGGGAUGACAAGGAGACAAUCCACUGUGAGUUUGACAUCACAGGCAGUGGGUUGGCUUGGCAACCAGGUGAUGCCUUGGGUAUCUACCCAGAGAACAACCCUAGUGAGGUUGAAGCCCUUCUAGAUGCCAUGAAGUGUUCUGGAGAAGAAGUUGUCCCUGUGCCAUCAUGGGUGUAUCAGACGGGGAUCAAGUCACCAGACGUCCAACCGCUCUCUGUGAUCUUACGUAGGUUCUUUGACUUGAAGUCUGUGAAAGUAGACCUGCUUGAGGCCCUCCUUGGUCACAAUAAAAAUGAAGUGGAGUUGAAGAAACUGGAUCUUCUUCUGCAGGAUGGGGUAUCAAAGUCAAACACGCAACUUCACCAAUAUCUUGAGCACAGGGAAGUGGCUGACGUUCUACAAGACUUCAGCUCCCAUCAAUUGCCAUGGAAACAGAUCUUGGCAAAUUUAAAAUGCCUGCAACCCAGAUACUAUUCAAUUGCAUCAUCAUCAAAAACAGAUAGCAACAUGGUCAGUAUAGCAGCUGCCGUGAUCCGCUACACAACACUGGGAAAGCCUCGCACAGGGGUCACCACAACCUUCUUGCAGGACCGCUGUAUCGUAGGGGACACCUGCCCUGUCUUUGUGAGCCACAAUAUUGGGUUUCAUCUGCCGGCCGACACCCGGUGGCCCCUGAUUCUGAUAGGGCCAGGAACCGGUCUGGCUCCCUUUAUGGCCUUUAUACAGGAAAGAGCUAUGGAAAUGUCACAAAUGCGUCCUGGACAACAGUUUGGGGAAAUCCGUCUAUACUUUGGCUGUCAACACAGAGAGAAGGACUUUCUGUAUAGACACCAACUGGAGUCAUGGGACCAAGCGGGCAUCAUAAGUCUGCGGACAGCGUUCUCACGUGACCAGGCACACAAGGUGUACGUUCAACACCUGAUACAUGAGGAUGCAGUCCAUAUCUGGAGAAUGCUGGACCAGGAAAACGCACAUAUUUACGUGUGCGGUGAUGCGAAACAUAUGGCAAGAGACGUCCAUGUGACCUUAACCAAGGUUAUCAAAGGUCAAGGUCAUAUGAGUCAGAAAGAGGCUGAAUUAUAUUUGCAGAACUUGGAGCAAAACUGCGCACGAUAUCAGAAAGAUGUCUGGGUGAUUUGAAUUCAGUGCCUGUGAUAACAAGCCUAUACUGUGAUAACCAGCCUAUAAUGUGAUAACCAGCCUAUAAUGUGAUAACAAGCCUAUACUGUGAUACCUCAAUAGGGAAAUAUCAGGGUCCUGUGCCUGCUCUUUUGUUUUUCUUCUCCCCUGCCCCUCUGGAAUAGUCAAGUGAAUUCAUGCAGCACUUGUGCUACAUAUAAUUCAACUGGUGCGGCGACCUUGCAAUAAGAGAAAAGGGGAAUGGUCCUUGUACAUCCGACGUAUAUUUUCUAAGGUCGGAUGUUUGACACCAAACGCUUUCGCUGAGCGUUCACGGAAACUGUCGUCAUAGUAUAAAAUGGAUGGGUGUUAUCAUACUUUUAUGUGAAUCGCUAUAAGAAAGAUGUAAUGACAUUUUGCGUCAAUCUAUCUGCAAUACAACACCAACAUGAUUUUCGAGGAAAUUGACAAGUCGAUUUUUGGCAUUUCUGGCCCAAUGUCAUAGUAUGCAUGUUUCGAAUAUAAUGUUUAACUUGACUGAUGCCAAAGCAGUGCUAACAGUUACGAAUUAAUUUAAACGACAGCAACACCUUAACAGUAUACUGUGCGUUCCCGAGUACCGGCAAUGCAGGUGACAGAUGAAUACGAUAAUAAAACGCUUUGCUCUAAUUGACUGACAUUUCAUAGCAACAAAUCACACGUGUUCAUCGGCUCGAUGGGAAUUUCAUUUAAACCAUUUAGACUGGAAGAUUGCUUAACAAACCGAUGCAGAACUAUUUCAUCCUCCAUAAGACCUCCAAUUUUAGGAAGGACUGCGGUUCGGAAAGCUUGCGCAAUCCUAUAAAACAAAGGUUACUUACGUUCAGGCUAUCUGACAUGUAAUUGAAAUGUGGUAAUCACUAAUGCCUACAUUCCCAUAGUCAACAAAUUCUAGCAUGUGUCUUAUUUCGAUGUUGUAUUUUUUAAGUGUCAACCUCGACAAAAGUAAGAUAGUCCCAACAUAUCUGCAAAUUAUAUCUGCUCAGUAAUCUCCCCUUUCCGCAGAUUCAUUGAGCGCAUACGAAUAAUUUUACGUGACAUUCUGUCUCGGCCUUGUUACAUUUGUUAGUUUUAUGUAUACAUGUAGUUAUAUUAAAAUGUUGCAACAAUACGCAAGUAAAAAUCCUUACAAAGCUGUAUGAUGCCCAUCUUUAGCCUUUAAUUACUAACAGACCCAUUUGUUAGAAAUAUUGGUUUUGUGUGUAACAAGCAGUAAUAUAAUUGACUAUUGAACUGUAUGUGCGACAUUGCCAUUUGACCAUACGACCAGUGUUGCGCGAUACACAUUAUCAGAUAUAGGUCUCUGACAUUAUCUUAACUCAUUUAUGCCUAGCGUCUAGAAAAAAGGCAUUGGCAAACAGCGUAGACUCAGAUGAGACGCCGCAUGAUGCGGCGUCUCAUCUGGGUCUACGCUGUUUGCUUAAAGGAGUUACUGUAAGAAAUAUUCUAAAUAAAGAAAUAAAUAUACUAGACAUCCCUAAUUUUGGAAAUAAAUUGAUCCAAUUUAGAUGGAUGGGAGAGUCCACUAGGCAUAAAUGGGUUCAUAUGGUGGAUAUAGCAUGCUUAUGCAGCUUAAGCUGAUUUGCCCUUGGUUUAAAUCAUGGGUCUAUUUGGCUCAAAGCUUUUUCGGCCCCAACUCAACGGGCCUUAUUCGGUCCAAUCUUUAAUUUACAUAUUCAUUAAAUUUAAUUAAAACACCAUUAUCGUUUAAAAUGUAGCCAAUUUAGCUGUAAUAGAUUAUAGAUUCGUUUGUUGCAUAUUGCUUUUGUUUAUAAUUGAUUAAAGGAAUUUAAUUAA